GUUUGAAUUGCGGGGCGAAAGCGAAAUUUUCACCGUUUGAUCAUUUGCUUCUGUUUUUUGUCUCUCAGUUUUUGUUUGGCACCACUAUAUUUCUCAAAAUCACAAACCAAAAAAAAAAAAAAACCCACAUUUUCACUGAUCCCUUCCUCUCAACCAAAUUCUUAAUUUAUCCUCAAUUGAAGCACUUUGUUUUCUCAUCUGUAUAUUUCAUAAAACCUCCUCCAAAACAAAAAGAAGAUGGCCGAGUCAAUUGGUACUGGUGUUGCUGAGACAGUUGUUGAGAACUUAGUUGAUCGGAUUUUGAAUUUUGUUUUAAGUCCAAUCAGUGUUGUGCGCAAGUGCAACGAAAAUGUUCAGAAUCUGAAGAAUCAAGUUGAGGCGCUAGAGAUUAAAAAUAGGAGUGUGAAGCGCUAUAUAGAAGAUGUUGGCAGAAGAGGGGAAGAAAGUGAGGAGGGCCAGAUGUGGCUGACUAAAGCGGACGAGCUCAUCAAACCUGCAGGGGAAUCUAUACGAGAUGGUGAUGAAUUUGCCAAGAAUGAGUGUUUCUUUCGGCUGUGCCCCACUCCCCUGCCUCGUUACAAGCUCAGCAAGAAAGCAGCGCAGAUUACGGGGGAUAUUGCAAAACAUGUGCAGGAAGCUCAUAGAUUCGACCCUUCACCUUCCCACGCUCCUCUUCCACCACAGGACGUGGCUGCAGUUGUCGAAGGUUUUGAGGAGUUUCCCUCUAGAAUGGCUGUUUUGGAGCAGAUCAUGAAGGCAGUAAGAAAUCCAAUCGUCAACACGAUCGGAGUGCAUGGGACUUCUGGCGUGGGGAAGACUUUGCUUGUAAAAAUGGUUAGAGGAAAAGCAAAGCAAGACAGCUUGUUUACUGCGGUAGUUAUGGCUAAAGUGACAAAGAAUCCGGACUUGAAAAGUAUUCAACGUGACCUUGCACGUGACUUGGGUAUGGAUCUGCUUCCUACCGAACUUCCACCAGAACAAGUUGCAGAUCGAAUAAGGGCAAAGCUCAUAGAAAAGAAGAAAUUUCUUGUAAUUUUGGAUGAUGUUUGGGAGGCUGGAAUAGAUUUGGCGGAAGUUGGAAUACCUUCUGCAAGUGAGCUGAAGCAGGCAAUGGAUAAAAAGAAUGAAGAUAUGCUCCGCAAGAUUCUACUAACCUCAAGAGAUCUGAAUGUUCUCUCUGGUAUGAUGGAUGAGAAAGAUCAGGUCUUUAAGGUACUUGAAUUAGAAGAUGAUGAAGCAUGGCAUCUAUUCAAGAAGAUUGUUGGCAGCAAAGUUGAAAGCUCUGAUCUUCAACCGACAGCUAAAGAGAUCGUUAAGAAAUGUCUCGGGUUGCCCGUUGCUAUUGCAUCAGUUGGAAAGGCCAUGAAAGGUAAGACUCGGCAACAUGAGUGGAAAACUGCUCUUGUGGAAUUGAAAAGGCCUAAUCCAGAAGGGAUCUCUGCAGCUGUUUUUAAGCCUAUAGAGUUGUCCUACAAGUACUUACAAGGAGAUGAACUCAAGCAAACGUUCAUGCUUUGUAGCUUGCUGGGCCAUGACUCUUCAAUCAAUGACUUGUUAAAAUAUGGUAUGGGCUUGAAUUUAUUUCGGAGGGUGAAAACAGUGGAAGAGACACGAGACAAAGUAUUGACACUGGUUCACAGUCUCAAACUCUCUUCUUUGUUGGUUGAUGGUCACAGCAAUAUGCAUUUUGGUAUGCACGAUCAGAUUCGGGAGGUUGCCCUGUCAAUUGCUUCUAGGGACCAUGGUGUAUUGGCUUCAGUAGAUGAAGAUGGAGGAAAAGACUGGCCAGAAAAGGAGACAAUGGAAAAUUUGAAGUGGAUUUAUUUGUCAAAUGGUCAUCCUGAGCUCACGAGCAAUGGGUUGAAAUGUCCGCAGCUCACUUUCUUUCAUUUGUCUAACAAGGGUUGUUCUCUGGCAGUUCCAACAGAUUUGUUCACUGGAACAGAUGGGCUCAAAGUCUUAUGUUUGACUAAAAUUGAUUUUCAGUCAAUGCCUUCACAAAUUCCCUCGAUCCCAACAAAGCUUAAAACGUUGCUUUUGGACCAAUGUGUGUUUAGAGUUGAAGAACUUGGCAACAUUAUGGGAAAUCUGGAGAAGAUAGAGAUCCUUAGCCUUGCAGGCUGUGAUAUUGAAGAGUUGCCAAGAGAAAUGGAGAAGCUAAACAAGCUAAAGUUGUUAGAUGUGAGUGACUGCACCAAACUGAAAGUAAUUCCACGACAAGUCCUAGCAAGAUUGUCUAAAUUGGAAGAGCUAAAAAUGGGAAACAGCUUUGAUCAAUGGGAUGAUGUGGAGGGAGGAAAUGCUGGGCUUGCUGAGUUAACAGAGUUGCAUAUGCUCACUGCUUUAGAGGUACGUAUUCCUAAUUUCCGAGAAACUUUGUUUCCUGAAAAUUUGGAAAGGUUCAAGAUUUUCAUAGGAAUAGCGAGGAGGAGGGAGUCUAGGGUGGGUUACUAUUGGGACAGUUACUCCUGGAACAGCUCUUUUGAAAGCUCAAAAGUAAUGAAGCUGAAGCUGCAGGGUGCAAGCAUUAAAUCUAAUGACUCAGUUAAAAAGUUGUUGAAGAAGGCAGAAGAACUGUAUCUAGAGGGAUUAAAUGGUGUCGAGAGUUUAGUUGAUGAGUUAGAUGAUGAAGGUUUUCAACAUCUGAAGUGUCUCCAUGUCCAAAAUGCUCCAGACAUUCGACACAUCUUUAACCCAGCAGGGAGGUUGCUUCCUUCCCAUGUAUGUCAUGGUCUGACUGGAGCAGCACCUUUUAAAGUAUUAAGAAAGAUAACCGUUGUUGAAUGUCAUCAAUUGAAGAAUCUGUUCUCCUUCUCCAUGGCCAGACAGCUUCAACUUGAAGAAAUAACAGUAAGUGAUUGCCGCCGCAUUGAAGAGAUUAUUGAUGACGUGGAGGAGCAAGGCAACGGAAAUGAUAUCGUUGAAGAAAGUGAAGGAUGUAAGCUUGGUGGCAGUCUGCGGUCCUUAACAUUAAAAAGGCUACCAAAACUGAUUAGCUUCUUCAACAGUGGUAAUUGCAGCGGCAUCUCACUUUUCAACAAUAAGGUUCAGUUUUCAAAUUUAGAGGAAUUGAAGUUGAGUAAUAUCAAAAUAAAUCAGUUAUGGAUAGCAGCUUCUUAUACUGUGACUUCUCAAGAAAUCAUGAAUUUCAGAAAGCUUAAAUGUCUACAAAUUUAUGAUUGUAGCAGCUUAGAAUACCUUUUUACCCCUUCCAUGGUAUCAAGCCUUGGGCAACUCGAGAACUUGUAUGUGUUAUUCUGUAGAGAUUUGAAACAAGUGAUUAUGGUAAAAGGAGUUGAGAAGGUAGUGAACACAGAAUUGAUAUUCCCACGGCUAAACUCCAUUUCGCUAUGUUAUUGUAGCAAGUUGUCAAGUUUCUAUGCUAGAAGUUAUGCACUCAAGUUCCAAUCGGCCAUAAAAAUUAGGAUAAGAGGCUGUCCAAACAUGAUUACAUUUGCUUCUACAUUUUCAACUGAGCAAGAGAAAGAGACAACUUAUCGAGGAACUGAUAAGAGAUGCCUUGGAAAAAAAGAACCUGCUAUCCAUAGUCGGACUAUAUUCUUUGAUACGGUUGACAUUCCUCUCUUGGAUGACUUGAAUCUUACAUUCAUUUGUGUACAACAAAUAUGGCAUAGCCAAAUUACAUUGAUGUCCUCAUCUGUUCAAAACUUGAGGAAAUUGAGUUUGUGGUGCUGUGAUGAUUUGAAAUUUCUCUGCACAUCAUCGAUGGUUAAAAGUCUUGGGCAACUUGAAGUACUCAAUAUUGGGCAAUGUGAGGAGAUGCAAGUGGUAAUACUAAUAGAAGAAUUGGUAGAAAAAGAAAAGACAAGCCAGACAAUGUUUCCCAAACUAGACAACUUAAAGCUCUGUAAUCUUCCGCAACUCAUAAGAUUUUGCUCCAAUUGCAAUUCUCUUGGAGAAGUAUAUGAAGCUCAAGGACUCAAUGGUAGUGGAUCACAAGUACUUGCAGCCACGCAAUCAAAUUUGAUGGAAACAGAAGUCACUCAGCUUGUAUUUCCUCAAAUCCACAUCACAAAAUGGCCAUUGUUGAAAAAAAUGCAUGUGGAACAAUGUGUCAAGAUGAAGGCAUUUGCUUCAGAAUUUCUAAGCAAUGAAAAAACAUACGGAGACAACCUCCUUAAAGGGGAAAUUCAAGAUCCUAUGUUUUGGAUUGGCCAGGAUUCAUUCCCCUGUCUAGAACAACUGGAAUUUGCACAGAAUGAUAACAUGACGAAGAUAUGGUGCGGUCAAUAUCCAGGGGUCUAUUUUCCCAAACUAAAAGAUAUUAAACUCCUCCAAUUCCAAAAUUGCUCAGCUCUUCUUCCUUCUUUUAAAUUCUUCUUCCAGACAGUACCCAGUCUUGAGAAGCUAGAUGUGAGUGAAGCUUCCUUUCAUGAAAUAUUCCAAUGUGAAAGACUUUGUAGUGAGGGAAGACCACCAUAUGCGCCCUCUCGGUUAACUGAAUUAAAAUUAUCGAAACUUAAUGGGUUAAUGCAUCUUUGGAAGGAAGAAUCUCACCUCAAAUCGAUUUUCCACAACUUGAGAACUCUAGAGGUGAUUGAGUGUAUCAAAUUGGUGAAUUUAGUGCCAUCACUUGUUUCUUUUGAGAACCUGCAGACUCUAGAAAUAUCAAAAUGUCAUGGACUUGAAAAUUUAGUGAGUUACUCAACUGCUAAAAGCUUCGAACAGUUGAAAAGAAUGAGCAUAACUGACUGUGAGUUAGUGGAAGAAAUUGUCAAAUGCAUGGAAGAUAAUGUGAAGGAUGGCAUUGUCUUUAGCCAACUCCAGUCUUUGCAACUUCGCGGUCUUCCCAAACUUUCAAGCUUUUGCACAAGGAAGUGUGACUUUGAGUUCCCAUCUUUGAAAGAAGUGAUUGUGAUAGGAUGUCCACAGAUGAAAUAUUUUUCCAUGGGAAAGCUAGCAACAAAUGAAUUACAAAAUGUUCAAUGGACAAAUGAUGAAGAGAAAGGACACUGGGUAGGCGAUCUUAACAGCACAAUACAGGACUUAUUCACUCAAAAGGUUGGAUACUUUGGGUUUGAAAAUUUGAAACUCUCUGAGUUUUCUGAGUUAAUUCAAAUUUGGAAAAGGAAUUCUGAAGAAUUAACAUUGCCUUUCAAAAAGCUUCAAUCUCUAGAAGUUAAUAAUUGUAGCAGCUUGAGUUACCUUCUGACCCCUUCCAUGGUAUUGCGCCUCGGGCAACUCAAGAACUUGAAGGUAAAAGACUGUGCAGUAAUAGAACAAGUGAUCAUGACUACAAGUGUUGGGGAGGUAGUUGAAUCUGACUCAAUAUUAUUCCCACAACUAAAGUCCAUUUCACUAAAGUCUUGCUCCGAGUUGUCAAGUUUCUACGUGGGAAGUAAGACCCUCAAGUUUCCAAUGUUGGAAGAAAUUACUGUAAAGGACUGUCUAAAGAUGGUUAGAUUCACUUCUAAAUUUUCAAAUGAGCAAGAGAAAGAGACAAUUGAUGGAAGAAGUGAGGAAUUGCUUGUCAAGAAAGAACCUAAUAUCUUCAUUGAGGCAUUUUUCUGUGAUGAGGUUGAGAUUCCUAACUUGGAGACAUUGACUCUGUCCUCAAUCAAUACAAAGCAAAUUUGGAACAAUCAACUUUCAUCAAUAUCUUCAUUUGCUCAAAAUUUAACAAAGUUGAAGGUGAUCAAUUGUUCCAAUUUGAAGUAUCUGUUUACAUUCUCAAUGGUUAAAAAUUUUGCGCGACUUGAAGAACUCGGGAUUAGUGGAUGUGAGAUGAUGGAAGUGGUAAUAUUGAUAGAAGGGACAAUGGAAGAAGACAAGAUUUGCCAGACGGUGUUCCCCAAACUAGAGACCUUGACACUUAAUGACCUACCCCAACUUGCAACAUUUUGCUCCAAUUGUGAUUCUCCAGGAAAAAUUUCUGACUCUGAAAGAGUCAAUUUUGAUACUGUAUCACAAAAACUAAUAGCCACACAAUCGACUUUGGGGGAAACAGAAGCCACCAAGCUUGUAUUUUCUCAAGUGACAAAGCUGCUGCUUAGACUCUUACCGAAAUUCAAAAGUUUCUUCCCUCAAAUGCAUAUCACAGAAUGGCCAUCAUUGAAAAGUUUAGUUGUGAUUGAAUGUCAUGGAGUGCAAAUGGUUGCUUCAGAAUUUUCAAGCACUGAGAUGAUACAUGGAGACAGCCAACUUGAAAGGGAAUCUCAUCUCAUGUUUUGGAUGAGCAAGGCUACAUUUCCUAGUCUAGAACGGCUGAUUGUGAAAUGGAAUGACAAUAUAAAGAUAGAGUGUGGACAUCAUCCAGAGGGGUAUUUUGGUAAACUAAAGGUUCUGCACCUCCUUGGCUUUCCUAAGCAAUCGGCUUUUCUUCUGUCUUUCUUCUUCCACUCUCUGCCCAAUCUCGAAAAGCUUCUUGUGAAGGAUGCUUUCUUCGAUGAAAUAUUCCAAUGUGAAGAAGUUACUGGUAAGGAAAAACCUGUAUGUGGACGCACCCCGUUAAGAAAAUUAAGAUUGUCCAAACUUCAUGAGCUAACUCAUCUUUGGAAGGAAGAAUCCCAACUUGAAGUAGACAUUCUCAGAAACCUAGAAACUCUAAAAGUGCAGGAAUGUAGCAGAUUGAAGAAUUUAGUUCCCUCCACUGUAUAUUUCGCCAAUUUGCAGACUCUAGUAGUAUCUGAGUGUCAUGGACUUGUCAAUUUAGUGAGAUACUCGACAGCAAAAAGCUUGGGGCAGCUCUAUGAGAUGAAACUAGCCAAUUGUGAGAUGAUAGAAGAAAUUGUCGUAUGUUCGGGUGAUGCUGUGAAGGAUGGCAUUGUUUUCACCAAUUUGUAUUGUUUGCAACUUAAAGGUCUACCCACACUAGAAAGCUUCUGCUCGGGGGAUUGCGACUUUAAAUUCCCAGCUUUGAGAAAGGUAAUUAUUACAGAGUGUCCAAAUAUGCAGAUUUUCUCUAAGGGAGAACUGAGCACACCAAGACUGCAUGAAGUGAAAUCGACAGGAGAUGUAUAUGAAUAUAUGGAUAAAGAUAUAGAUGAAGAUAUAGAGAAAACAAUAGAUGAUAUUUUUAAUAAAGAUGAAGGCAGCAUAAAAGUUGUUGAAGAUAAACAUGAAGAUGAAGAUGAAAGAUGCUGGGUGGGGAACCUUAACAGCACUGUACAACAGUUGUUCAAGGAAAAGAGUGCUCGUAAUUCCAAAAAGGGCAAUGGAGAAAACAAUGAUCAUGACGCUAAAGAAGAUGGUAAUUAAUGGCUAUGAACAAAGAUUGGAAUUUUAGAAUGCCUAAUUAAGAUUUGAAGAAAGCAUUAGUAGUUAUUCUGAAAAGGAUAAUGUUAACAGUGCUGAAGAUGGGUGCAAUGGAUUCUUAGGUUUUAAUUACACACUCACAAGAAGCUAGAUUUUCAUGCUACUAAGUUCCCACAUUGCUUUAGCACUCAAAAGAAUCUUCAAUUUCUAAAAUUCGUGUGUGACAUGAUUAUCAAGCACUUAAUUUUGGAAAACACUAGAGACCAUUUCAUUUCAUAUUUCUUGUUUUGUUUGUUUUAUUGUGUGAAAGAGAGCAUUUUAAUUUGCUAUGUAUCUUUAUUCGAAAAAGAGAUGUGAUUUGUGAAUCAAUUAUGUCAUCUAUCUUAAUUUACAUUUAAAUGGUAUUCUAGCUUUGUUUUCAUUCAAAAACAGAGACAAUAUAGAAGGUUUGCAUUUGGGUGUUGUUCGAGCUUGAUAAACUCUUUAUAUUAUAUCAUAGGUGGAGUACCAGGUGGUUUCCCUUGACCUUGAACUUCUCUAAAAAGGUUACUCAGAUAGUGAAGACAUGGAAUUAUACUGCGAUUGUAGGGGUUGUAGAUGACAUGCACACAUUACUUCAUAGCAAAUCAUGCUUUUCAAAUUGUUUAUAUUCCGGCACACAGGACCAGGAUGAGACUGAGUUGUAAAUGAGCAUCUAAAAAAAGUGUUGAUGAACCUGAGUUUUUUCCUUGAUCCUUGUUAGUUUUUUCGUAAUACUAAGUUUAAAUGUAACGAAGUGUACUUGUCAGUUUCUUUUUCAAGUAAAUCUAUCAUGGCAAUCACAGUGCAGUGUUAGAUAAACUACUCCACUUUUCUGAUGAGGAACUGUUGAACUUACUGAGAAAAACAUUAAUUUGGGCAAACACAAGUUAUACUACUACCAUAUGCGUUUACUUACCCAAGCAAGAACAGUUUCAUAUUCAUUUGUUUCCUAGCAACAAUCAUCUAGUACCAAUCACGUCUGAUUAAAAAGAAGAGUAAAGUUGAAGAAUAAUC